UACGUCUUUGACAGCAUCAAAUUUGAUGGAUGAUUCCACGAAUAAGUUCUCUGCCGGCGACGACGAUACUGCAAAUCAGCAAGAAAGGCUACUUCCGAUUGCCAACGUCGGCCGGAUCAUGAAGCAGAUACUCCCAAAAAAUGCAAAGAUCUCCAAAGAGGCCAAGGAGACCAUUCAAGAGUGUGCUUCUGAGUUCAUUAGCUUCGUCACUGGCGAGGCCUCUGAGAAAUGUAAAAAGGAGCGGCGGAAGACGGUAAAUGGCGAUGAUGUGUGCUGGGCUAUUGGCACACUAGGUUUUGAUGAAUAUGCUCCACCAUUGAAGAGGUAUUUAGAUAGAUAUAGAGAGGUUGAAGGCGAUCGGUCGGCUACUCCACAGAGGAACGAAGAGGAUGGUGGACCAUCUUCUUCUGCAGCUGAGUUUAAUCCGAAUCUGAAGCCAUUUUAGUCAUCAACCUUUUCUUUUUCUUUUUUUUCUUUUUUUUUUUUUUUUUAAAAUUCUACUUGUUGAUUCAGAUUGAGUUUUGAUUUGAUCAGAUAGAUUAAUUAACAGUUAGUAUUUUUUUGGUCUAAGUAUUUUAUAAAAAAGAUUCAUCUAUAAUACUAUGGAUUGGGAAUGCGCAUUAGGACCGGAGUACUGGCUAGAACUAGUACCAGUUAGAAAUGAUCGGGCCGGGACCAGGACGAUAUUCUUGUGCAUUUUUGAAACCGGGAACCAGACCGGACCAGCAUAAAUAUAACACGUCUGUUAAACUUCCAAUAAUUUUUGGAGGCCUCAAAAAAACGAUCAAGUCAUAGUAAGUAAACGUACGACUACACAAACAAAGCAUAUCAUAUAUAUCAAAAAAAAACCUUCCUUGAACCUUAGCGACAACUUGAAAAUGCCCGGCUAAACCCAAAUCAAAGAAAAAAUCGAGUAGGUUAUUAAUGUUGGACUGAUUGUUCGAUCAUUAAUUUAUCAUCAUCUCAAGUCGACAUCUCCAAAUCUUCAUUCCUUCCUCGUCCGCUCUUCAUCUUAAAUCAACAUCUAUUAUCCACUAAUCCGCCAUCAUUGAUCAUCUUCUCAAAUCUCAACCAUCAAUAAGCAAUGUCAAAAGG